CGUGAUGUAAAUUCUGCUGCGAAGUCAAAACCAGCGAGCUCACCAGCACACACCAGAGAAAGGACAAGUGAUAAGGAUCACACAAUACUCAAUAUUCUCUGAAAGUAUGCGCGCCCCUUCUAUCCACCCGGAUGCGGUCAAUCUGGACUACUUCACCGCUUACAACGACGUUAGCGUGCACGAUCUCAUGCUAAAAGAUGGGAUACGUACACGUGCGUAUCUGAACGCAUUAGAAAACUCGGAGCUGGAAGGAAAAAUAGUUCUCGAUGUGGGAUGCGGUACUGGUAUUUUAUCAAUGUUUGCUGCACGUGCAGGCGCAAGGAAAGUGUAUGCGGUAGAGGCGAGCGGAUUUGUAGGCAUGACUCAGAAGUUGAUAGAUGAUAACAACUUUACAAAUAAGAUUGAGCUCAUCAAUCAGAUGGUGGAAGAAAUAGACCUGCCUGAAAAGGUGGAUGUGAUUGUAAGUGAGUGGAUGGGGUUCUUCCUGCUGCACGAGAGCAUGUUGGAAUCGGUCCUAAAUGCGAGAGAUAGGUGGCUAAAGGACGAUGGUGUGAUGCUCCCCACUACAGCAAAGAUAUACUCAGCUCUGUGUGACAUGACACCCACACUUACAAAGGAAUACGGAAUAUAUCAGGAUUGUUAUGGGUUCGAUUUCACAGCUAUGGUGCCGUCAUUACAAGCAACUGUACCAAAUCCGGCUAUAUCUGAUGUACUCGAAAGUCAACUCUUAACACAGGCCCAGGUUGUGAAAGAGUUUGAUAUGAGGACAAUGACCAGUGCAGAUCUUGAAUCGUUCAAGUCAAGUGCUAUAUACGUACCAAAAGCCGAUGGCGUGAUGCACGGGGUAUGCCUAUGGUUCACAUGCGAUUUUGCGGGGCCCCCCGGAAAUGAAGACGAUAUUACUGUCCUGUCCACGGCGCCUGGACAAACGUUAGCCAAAUCGACCCACUGGAAACAAACGGUAGUCAUGUUGGGAGGCUCCUUCGCUGUCGAGAAAGAUGAUCAGAUACCUGUAACGCUCAAUUUAUCAAAGUCUAAAACCCAAACAAGGUUUUACACGAUUACUGUCGAAUUCGGCGAAUAAAUGCUUCAAGUGAUGCCUUUUCCCA